AUGGACCCAGUUAUAGAUAAUGAAUGGCUGGGAUGUAAGAAUGAAACUAUUGACGAAAUGCCAAAUGUUGGCAACAUCGCUCGGAGCUGGCAAUGGAGGGAGAGAGGUAUCAACCCCCCACACUGCCCUAAUAACAAAACUGUACUUGAAAACAUGGCUGAGGACAUACUCGUGCAGAAACCCCUUCAAAUAAGAAGCUGUGACUUACCUGGCUACCCCAGAUCUACAUUUUUGAUGGUUUUUAGUCCAGAUGGUACGAAAGUAGCAUCGACACAUGGGAACCAUAAUGUGUAUGUGUCUGAGCUGGCUAGUGGCAAACAUGUGCGGAUACUGAGGGGACACCCUCGUACUCCGUGGUGUAUUGCCUUCCAUCCGUCUCACCCCUUGCUCAUAGGCUCUGGCUGCCUCGGAGGACAAGUCAGGGUGUGGGAUAUUGCAAGUGGUGGCAGUGAAGUCUGGAAUGUUCGUAACGAAACUGUCAUAGCGUCGAUAGCUUUUCAUCCCCGGGAACAACUGCUGGUCAUAGCUACAUACAAUGAGUUAUAUUUUUGGGACUGGAGCCAACCAGCUCCGUUCACCAAAGUGUGUACUAAUAAUGUCAAUGAAAAAGUGAGAUAUGUGGCUUUUGACGCUCUUGGGUACAAGCUUAUCACUGGCAUAUCACUGUGGGCUUGUUCAGGCGGGCCUAUCAAUAACUCUACAGCGGCACAAAACCCUCCUGUUGGUCCAACAAACAACCCCAAUAAUAAUAACCCUAGAAGAGAUGACUCGGACGAGAGCCCCGGAACUAGUCGCCAGCAGGAGAGCAAUGGCUCUGCCCAGGAUAUGAUUGUGAACUCUUACCAAAAUUUGGUACAAAGAUAUGAUAGUUUAGUGCGGAAUUACCAGAGACUUUUCAUGGUACGCCAUCGAUUAACCAACACACCUCCACCACCCAAUACGACUGAUCGAGGCACAGAUCCUAUGGAAACUGAUGUAGGAGUCAAUAGCUCAGGAGGAUACACACGACCUCAGCGUAGCUACACUGCUCAAAAUGAUGCAGAGCCGGGUCCUAGCACGUCUCGCAGCCAGGACCCAGUAGAAACUAAUGAUGGAGAAAACAGUCGCCUACUUAACUUAGAGGUGUUGUCUAUUGAUAGCAACCCCCAAAGAAAUACAACUUCAUCAAAUCAAGAGCGUUCUUCGUUUGGAUCACGAUCGUCCGCCUUCCAACCUUUGAACUCGGAUCGAUCACACAGAUCUAUGGAGUUCGAGAGUCCCAGGCUGUUACCAAAUCCAUUCUCUUCAUCUAACGGGACACCGAGACCGACCAGAGUAACUUUCACAGAAAUGCCUGCUGCCAGUUCCACGAAUACUUCACGUACUAGCAUUUUCACCUCUUCUCGAGGAUCUUCUCUGGGCCGAGAUUUUUCUCUGCGUCGAAGAAACUUUACUCCGGUACAACAUAACGAAACCUCUCAAAAUGAUCCUGCUACAGCAUCAGGUAGUCCUUCUUCAUUGCCGUUUGUACCUCGGAGAACGUUCCAGUCUAGUACAUUGGCUGAUAGUCAGCCAUCAACAUCAGGUACUUCUACUCAGAGGCCAACAAUGACUAACUCAUCCACACAGAUGAGCCCGCAGACAGCGCCAGUUGACGCACAAACUAUUAACGAAAGUCUUGAUUUAAUUCGCGAUAUUCUCCGUGACUCUGGAACAAGGUUGUUAAACUUAAUAACGAACAUGUCCCUGUCGACCAUGGCGGCCGUGGAGCGCAACAUGCCGCGGCGCGGGGCGGGGGCGCGCGCCCACUCCGACGACGGCGAGGCCGGGGCUGCCGCCAGGAGAGCUCGUCCUCGCGUGCGCUUGUUCAGCUCUACGUGGAGACGGGAAUUUUUGUCAUCCAGUUCCGAUUCUGAUAGUGAUCAGUCUUCUGAAGUCAAUAUUUUUAGAACAAGAAAUACUACAUUUCAAGAAGACGAACCCAGGGAUCGUGUAAAUGCAUCGACUUCUUCCGAAAGGCUACCACACCCUACUGACAGACUGGUAUUCGAACUAAACGAUGAAUUACGCAGUGGUGGUUCUAAUAGAGAUUCCGGCCCAUCGAGGGAACCAGGAGGUAUCAAUGUGUCGUUGUCUAACAAUAGGUUCCGCGUCCGGACACAAAGCGAAACUUCAGGCACUGACGUGGCGUCCUCGCCCGCACCCGCGGGAUCGACAUCCAUCGGUGUAGGGACCUCGCCCCCAACCGAGUCUGCAGCUACUGCAGCUGGAACUUCUUCCUUUACUGGUGCCACUAGUGCUGGCCAGGGUGGGAGCACCGCUGACACGCCUGGACCAUCAGGCCAACGUACUCAAAGUACACCAGGCUUUAAUCCUGACAGACCAUCCACAAGUAGAGAUGACUUUUGGAAUAGAGGUGGUGUAGUUCCACCUGAUGAGGCUUACAGAAAAGUUAGAAGCGGAGUCAAUGCACUGCAGAAACAUACAGUUCAACUGACGAAUCUGUGGCUGCGGGGAAGUCGCGUUACUAUGAGAGAAUUACGCGGGAUGUGGGAGACAUUACGUCGACGUAUAAUUACGCUUCAUAGGGAAACAGGAACACGUGCUGUACCCGGUUAUUACACAAGACCGUUACUAGAUCGUUGUAUGAUGUUAACCGACAUGGCAGAAAACUUUACACGCUCUACGAGAAACCCGAGAACUACCGCAAGAAACGAUGAUGUUGAUAGAAAUUCAGGUCGCAAUGCGACGGCUAACUCUAACAAUGCAAAUAAUACCUCAACCGAGAGUGAACGAAACACCACAACCGGCACUGGAACCGAAGGCAGGCCAGCGCAAGGUGGACGGUCUGCUCAAACAAGAUCGUCACCGAGUAUGCGAUCAUCUCCGUCCUUGAGAAGAAGAUUGCAAUCAAACCUCCGCUGGCGCCCUGAGGAUGAACUUAGAAGGCGGUGUCGUAAUCCAACAACCGCUUACCGCAUAGCAGCGCGGUUCACCAACCGAUCCCGUAGAGACUUCGCGCGUGCUAUAGAAAUAAGCGCUACCCGACACGAAAUACGGAUGAGAGCCAUGCAGGUUUUAUCGAUUAUGUUUAAUAUGAUGAUGAUGUGUCUAGAAGAACCAGGGCUUAGUCAACUUAUCAUCAGCAUGUUACGGACUCUGAAACGAGCUUUAGCGUUAACUUGCCUACUUGUUAUGUCCAAUAGGAAUAACGGACGGCCAGCUACGAACCAAGCUCCUGCACCACAACGUGUAGAAUCCUUAGAUGUUGUACGCAUUCAAAAUGUUGACCAUAAUGUUGACGUGAACGUAGAUGGGCCCGACGAACAGGCUCCUAACAAUGCACAGAAUGUCACGCAACAAGAGGCGACCCGACUACGGCAGACAGACAGUAACAGUACCGAGACUCCGUCUACAUCGGCGUCUACAACUGAAACUGUCAAAACAAACAAUAAUAAUACAAAUCCACAAGAACCCUCAACUUCCACCUCCACUACUAGAGAUUCACAAAAAUGGAGCGAUCGUCUUGCCGUCCAAAUCGCUGCAGCUAACAGAAACAAUUCUGCAACAGCAAGAAACAGAAGAGAUUUGUAUAUGGAAAGUAGGAGGUUAAAAGCUUUGCAUAGAACUAAUCCUACUGCCCAUCCUCUCAUUAGAAAGAGGGUUUUACCACCAGUAUCAAAUUACAGAAUACCAGCAUUGCGAAGCCUUCCCAUGCGACCCGGCGUAACAAGAUUCAGAAGUCCAAGAGUAGAUGCAUUAAACUCUAACGAACCUGUAGCGGGCCCUUCAAACGCUCCACCUCCUGGAGAAAACGGUAACUUACAAGAAUCUCCUGGUAGCGAGCUGAUGAACGAGUUUGAGCACAGGGUAAAUUUCAUACGAAUAGCUCACAUGCAGGCUGUGAGAUUAAGAAAUGCAGCCAGAAAUAGAUUUAGACGCCUACAGACGAUACGUCUGUAUACGCCAUCGUCGGUUCGAGAGAUGUUCUCUCUACAGGCAAACAAUGGUGACACUCCUCCAGACAACCGUUCGCCAGGCCCGAGCGGGUCCGCGGAGGGCGGCGGCCGGCACCCGCUGGCCAUGUUCCGGCCCCACAUCCUGUCCUCGCGCGCCGACCCCGGCGGCCGUGACGACCUCAGCCACCAGUUCCAUACCGUACUCAACAACGUCGCUAUGCCGCUCAUGCACAUGAGCGACCUGCCCGGGAACGAUGCUCCUGGCACACAACGACUACCCAGGAUACACGAAUAUCUGCAACCCAUCAUUUUGGCGCAGAACGCUAUGGUAGUGGAGGAUGAAGGUGGCCACGGUGAAGGGGGCGGCGGCGGUGGCGGUGGCGGGGGCCCGGGCGCACGCCGCCUGGCGGGGAUGGCUGGCAUGGCGGGACUCUUCGACGCCGGCAUCAUCUCUGAAGCACUGCCCGCACCCUCACACCGCGUGCAAGCUUGGGACUUUACUACCGGCCACACACCCGAGAUAUCUGAUAGUACUAAGAAUGUAGUGGUCCAGCGAUGUCGCAUCCACAAUGAUGCCAGUAUUGACAUAUCUAAGGAUGGUAGACUACUGGUGGCCCUCCUUCCGGUGCCUAGACUGAGGAACACAAAUCAUUGGCUUGGCGUGUACUCGCUAGAGUGGGCUCGCCUGGGGCAGUGCCUGCACACGGCGGUAUUGGAGCAGAGCGCGGUGUCGGUGGCUCUGUCACCCACGGCGCGCCACCUGGCGGUGGGACUGGGCUCGCGUCGCUUCACCACGGCGCCCAACGCACGCAGCAACGUUAUCGCCCUGUUAUACAAGCUCGACCCACUCGAAAGUUCCAGCCGCACGGGUCUGUCUCCUAUAAAAGAGUUGGAACAAAAUUGGGAACAUGGCUUUACUAGCCUCAAUUGCCUCCGCUGGGCACCCCAACCGGGGCAAGGGCUUGUCUAUGCCAACAACACUGGACAACUCAUUGUAAUGAGCUAA